CAUAUUGUAUUACGACCAAACGGAUCGGGAAAACGUCGGUGAUAUAAAAGUCAACAAAUGUCAUUUUUGUGUCAUUUUUGCAGAUCUAGGGCCGAAUACCGAGUGCCGACUUACCUUUUUACUAGAUAACAUAGGUUCGAGUGGCCCUCGUACGUUGAAAGUCAAUUUCGGCGGCAGUGGUUCAUGUACAACGUCUUUGGAGGUACCUACUAUCAGUCAAAAGACGUCCUCCAUAGAUGAUAACAGCGUUCAACAUGCAUCUGCCGUUAUCGUACAGCGUACUGCGAUGAUUGGUGUUAUCGGUGUGUAGUGUAAAUGGUUGUUUCUGUUUUCUUCCGCGCGACUUGUAGACCGUAUACUCGACCGUAUAGUAGCGCGCGCAGAGCAACGACGCCGGACCGCAUCCACGUUCUCGUGCACGAACCGUCGCUGGAUAAUCGUAAGCUUCAAACUUGAAUUUGAACUCCAAAGUGUUCAUCUUUCCUCGUCGGACUGUGCGUCCCGGAUCCGCCGAGCGUGUUUUCGCUCGAUAAUAAUAAUAGUCCUCCGGUGGGUACGUUUUUAGUGUGCAACGGCACACUAUCGGUCCCGGACUAUCGGAUCCAAAUCACCGUGUUCUCGCCGCUAAGUCGAUCAUCUCGCGGUCUGCGUUUUAAUGAUCGUAUUUCCCUUCAGCGUCCGCCUUCCAGACGCGUACAUACCGUGUGUCGUUGAUUUUGUGUGCUUCUUCCCGAACGCCGCUAAAGCCGUUGUUUCACCAUGGACAACGUUUACAAGUGCCGAGUAUGCUUUCGCAUGUACCACGACGAGGAAGAUGUCAUCGAUUUGUCAUCGGAGGAGUCAAAAGAAGAACAAAUUGCCGCCAAAAUACUCAGUGCACUGUCAAUCAUGAUCACUGAUCAUGAUCCUAUAAAGCAUAUUUGUAGAAUAUGCUAUAGGCAAGUAGAAGCUAAUUUCAGAUUUGCAACUGCAUGUCGAAUAAAUAAUGCAAAGUAUAUCGAAACCUUAUCAAAUGCACCUUCAAAUGAUGUGAUCAAAACAGACUAUAACAAAUUUAUGAGAGUACCGGUUCAUGCUUUGUUUAAUAAAUACCAGUACAAUGUGAAAGGUUUAUUUGAUGCAGUAACAAGCUUUUUGAAUGAUCCUAAUGAAAACCUAAGUUCGACUAGACAUAUUGAACAAUUUUACCAAUAUUUUGGUCUUCAUAACCCCAACAGUAUUUCAAAUCAAUCUGAUAUUGAAAAUGAUACACCUAUUGGAAUUCCUGAAAGCUCUUCAGUACUGGAAGUAAAUAUGUCUAGUACAAAUGAGCCCAAUGUAAAACCAAUCAUGAAACAAAAGAAAACUCCUAAGCCCAAAAAAGCUGUGGCUUCUAAGAAACAGACUCAGAAAACUUCCAUUGCUCAAAGUAAUCUAAAAACAAAAAGUCAACUAGUAAGAUUGUCUACAUCAUCAGUUAUAGAAAAAAAACAGACUCGGAAAACUUCCAUUGCUCUACAAAAUCUAAAACCAAAAGGUCAACUACUAAGAUCAUCGACUUUGCCAACUACAGAACAGUCGAACACGUCAUUAACAAAGACAAGGCCCAAGAGAGCAUCUGCUAUUGACAGGGCUGCUGAGAAUAGAAAGUCUGGUUUAUAUAAACUAGGAAGACACAUAGAGACUAAAGAUGGCAGAUGGACCACACCUAUGCAUAAUAUUUCAUUUCCAAUGGUUCAAUGUCCAAUUUGUGAUGUGUAUCUCUAUAGUCCAGAGUCACGCAAAAAACAUGAAGUUUUAAAGCAUUCCUCGCUGCUUGAGUCUAUACAUGAACCUGUGGAUAUUGUUUCUACCCCAGAAAAUACUGAACCAUUAACUGAACAGUUAAAACUUUUUAAUUAUUUGAAACUUUGCGUAACAUCAAAACAUAAAACAAAAGUAGUCCAUCAAUUGGCCAAAAGAACAAAUUUUUUGAAAGCAUUGAAGACUUUAGGAGAUAAUAUUAUUGGCUCCUUUAAGUGUAAUUAUUGCCCAUAUACAACGGAUCUUAUAUUUGCUUUAUGGGCUCACUGUACAUCCAAACAUCUUUAUCUAAAAUGUGAUUCUGAAAAAAAAACAUGUUUAUAUUGUUUUUUGUGCAAUCGCAUGUUAACUAAACGUACAACAAUGCUCAAACAUUUAAACGCUUGUAUUAAUAAAAAACUAAAUGAACCACCAAUUACCAAUAACUCAAGUAAACGAUUAAUAUGUGAAAUUUGCAAUGAAUGUUUUGAUUCAUUGGUAGAACUUGAAAAACAUACUUGGGGACAUGCGAAAAAGAAAUAAUAGAAUUAUAAACAUUAAUAUUACUUACAUAAUAUAUUUAUAUAUAUAGUAUAUAAUUUACA